AUGCCGUCAUACGUUGUGACAGGAGCUUCUAAAGGCCUUGGAUAUGGCAUCAAGAAUGUCAAACUCUACAAGGCGGAUAUCACUGACUUACCUGCUCUGAAGGCUGCUGCGGCAGAUGUCCAGGCGACAGUAGGAGGCAUUGGCAUCUCAUUGCCAACGCUGCUUUUGUGUCAGGCGUAA